CACGUCAAGCGAGCCGCAUUGAAUACGACAGGUCAGCACCAUAUCUACUAACAUUCAGCAGUUCGUGUCUCGAACGCGAUAUGUACAUAGGCAACUCAACAUCCCUUCCAUGAUUGAAGAGGUAGAAGCUCUCCAAGCGAAACUCGAUGCAACAGUGGAUGAGGAUGAGCAGCGAGCACUGGAGGAAGACGUGACAGGCAAGAUCUUGUGGCUGUGUUGGUGCGGGAUAUGUGCAGAAGUAGACCAACUGUUACCAAAGGUUGUGGGUUACAUUCGGAGAGAGGGAAAUAUGAAGGGUUUAGUGACAAUUGCCUUCAUUACGUGUUCAACAGACUCAGGUGAUGAUCAAGCUCACUUGCGGCGGAUCAUGUUUGAUGCAGGAGAAGGCACGUCGAAACAUCAGUUAUGGCUUGCCACUCGGGCAGCAGAGCAAGCCAAGUGGUCUAGGGACACCCCCGCUGUGGACGACCCGGGUUCUGUUCCGAGUACAAGCAAUCAGCCCCCCUCCGCAUCAGUGGUUUAGCAAACUUGGAUGUCGUGUAACCGUCACCCCGAAGGGGUGGGGGUGACGAUGGUAAAUAUAAAGUCCAAGGGGUGAUUGAAAGCACCUUCGCUGAAGCAGGGU